CGCUGAUCUCCGCUGUCCCUCCCAUAUCCUCUGCAGACUGCACACAUCUGGAGCACACAGUAGUUCCUUGGCAGCUGCUGCCCCGCACAGAGCUGUACACGGCCCCCGCUCGUGGCUGCUGCAGCCUGUAGUCAGUGGUGUCAAUGUUCUGGCAGCUGGUGGUAGUAGCCGCUAUAGCAGCCCCCCUGCGCUGCACGGAGAGCCCCCCUCCUGUGAGUGCGGAGCUGAGCAGAGUAUGGGGCCCCGGGCUGCGGGGAGAGGCUGCGCUUCCUGCUCGCUAUUUCUACAUCCAGGCUGCGGGGACCCACGGCAACAAUUUUACAUCUACUCCUAAAAGGGACCAGUUUCAAGUCCACAUCACAGCACCGGGGGAGCAGUACACCAGAGUGGGGCUUCAGUUACUUGACAGAAAAGAUGGCUCCUUCCUUGUAAGAUAUCGAAUGUAUGCCAGCUACAGGAGCCUUCAGAUUGAAGUUAAAGUUAAUGGCAGACAUGUUGCAAAAUCUCCUUAUUUCCUUAAAGGUCCAGUUUACAGUGAAGAAUGUCACUGCCCUGAGCCUGACAGUGCUGCCUGGUUAAGACAUAUGUCGUGUAAUGAUUCCAUUCCACAAAUUGAACGUGAUCUCAAACAUUUUCCAAUGGUUGAUCCUGACAAGAUUGCCAUAGAAAUCCCAGAAAGAUUUGGUAAUCGCCAGAGCUUGUGUCAUUACACCAUCAAGGAUAAUAAGAUUUAUAUAAAAACAUACGGGGAACAUGUUGGCUUCAGGAUUUUCAUGGAUUCCCUUCUUCUGUCCUUAACAAGCAAAGUGAAAGUUCCAGAUAUCGAAUUUUUUGUAAAUUUAGGAGACUGGCCAUUAGAGAAGAGGAAGGAACAACCCUUUCACCCCAUCUUCUCCUGGUGUGGAUCUCUAGAAACAAAAGAUAUUGUAAUGCCCACAUAUGACCUGACUGAUUCUGUGUUAGAGACCAUGGGGAGGGUGAGUUUAGACAUGAUGUCUGUUCAGGCAAACACUGGUCCUAAAUGGGAGGAGAAGAACAACACGGCCUUUUGGAGAGGACGAGACAGCUGUAAGGAGAGACUUGAACUGGUGAAACUGGGCAGGAAACAUCCAGACAUGAUAAAUGCAGCUUUUACCCACUUCUUUUUCUUCAAACAUGACGAGAACCUCUAUGGUCCAAUUGUGCAACCCAUACCAUUUUUUGAUUUCUUUAAGUACAAGUAUCAGAUACUUAUUGAUGGGACAGUGGCGGCAUACAGAAUGCCAUAUCUUCUGGUCGGGAAUAGUGUAAUACUAAAGCAAGAUUCCAUUUAUUAUGAACACUUUUAUAAUGAGCUUCAGCCCUGGAAGCAUUAUGUGCCCUUCAAGAAAGACCUUAGUGAUUUGCUUGAAAAAAUUCGGUGGGUUAAAGAUCACAAUGAAGAGGCUAAAAAAAUUGCAGAAGCUGGACAACAGUUUGCAAGAAACAAUUUAAUGGGUGAUCAUGUUUUCUGCUACUAUUUUAAGCUUUUCCAAACUUAUGCAAAACUGCAGGUGAGUAAACCGAAAAUAAGAGAUGGGAUGGAAAAAGUGGAGAAUACGUCAGAGAAUUACUUCCCAUGUGAAUGUCGUAGGCAUAAGGUCAAGGAUGAGCUUUGAUGCUAACAGAAGGUUCUUCUUUUCCAUUACACGGAGCGCUGGAAGUUUGGGGAUUUAUAAAACAGUUAUAUUUUGUACAGUCGAUACAGUACUGCCAGACCACGCACAAUAAUAUUCUGCCCCAUUUCUACAAGAGAAAUCUUUUUUGAAAUAAAUAAAUUCUGGUGUUUUAAACUUUCAUGUGGAUGC